GGCCGGAAGCGGAGCGGGGGGCGGGCGAGAAGCAGCCAUGGAGGAGGCAGCGGCGCACAACGGCAGCGCCGCCGGGGCCGCGGCUGCCACCGGCGCCCCCGCGCCCACCCGCCCUCCCGCCACCCCCGAGGGCAUGGCGCUGGCUUACGGCAGCCUCGUCCUCAUGGCGCUGCUGCCCAUCUUCUUCGGGGCGCUGCGCUCCGUCAGCUGCGCCAAGAGCAAGAACUCCUCCGAGAUGCCAGAGACCAUCACCAGCCGAGACGCCGCUCGCUUCCCCAUCGUGGCCAGCUGCACCCUCCUGGGGCUCUACCUCUUCUUUAAAAUAUUCUCUCAAGAGUACAUCAACCUGCUCCUUUCCAUGUAUUUCUUCGUGCUGGGGAUCCUUGCCCUGUCCCACACCAUCAGCCCCAUGAUGAACAGAUUCUUCCCUGCAAACUUCCCCAACAAGCAGUACCAGCUGCUCUUCACCCAGGGCUCUGGGGAGAGCAAGGAGGAAAUAGUGAACUACGAGUUUGACACCAAGGACCUGGUCUGCCUGGCCCUCAGCAGCGUGGUGGGGGUCUGGUACCUGCUGAGAAAGCACUGGAUUGCCAACAACCUCUUUGGCCUGGCCUUCUCCCUCAACGGGGUGGAGCUGCUGCACCUCAACAACGUCAGCACAGGCUGCAUCCUGCUCGGGGGCCUCUUCAUCUACGACGUCUUCUGGGUCUUUGGCACCAAUGUGAUGGUGACAGUUGCCAAAUCCUUCGAGGCCCCAAUAAAACUGGUUUUCCCUCAGGACCUGCUGGAGAAGGGGCUGGAAGCUGACAACUUUGCCAUGCUGGGCCUGGGGGACAUUGUCAUUCCGGGGAUCUUCAUUGCCUUGCUGCUGCGGUUUGACAUCAGCCUGAAGAAGAACACACACACCUAUUUCUACACCAGCUUUGUGGCCUACAUCUUCGGGCUGGGCCUGACCAUAUUCAUCAUGCACAUCUUCAAGCAUGCCCAGCCUGCUCUCCUCUACCUGGUCCCUGCCUGCAUCGGAUUCCCACUGCUGGUGGCCUUGGCAAAGGGGGAAGUAACCGAAAUGUUCAGCUACGAGGAGAGCUCUACCCCCAAGGAGGUGCCUGGGGCCUCCAAAGAAGAGUUGACAGAAGCCCCCAAGAAGGAGAAGUGACCUUGCCCGUGGGGCUGUGCCUGGCGCCGCUGGGCUGGGGCCCUUCCAGACCCUCUGCAAAGUGACAGACGACGAAAACAAUUGUUGCAAGAGCAUCUUGUUGUGUGUGUUGGGAGCAGCCACCCGGGGGAGGGGGCAUCGAUGUAACGCCGCGUAGCCAGCCCCUCCCCAGCCCCCUCCCCGCCUGCCGGGCUCCUCCUGGGGGGGGCAGAGGUGCGCGGGGGGGGGGGCAGACACAGGCCGGUUUUUAAAUUUUGUAUUGUGCAUUUGCUUUCUCUCAUAUUAAACCAUCUCAAAGGAA